AGAAUCCCUUUUUGUCAACCUAAUGAAGCAUUCAAAUAAGUCAUAUGACUCUUUUCAAGAUGAACUUGAAGAUUAUAUUAAAGUACAGAAAGCCAGAGGCUUAGAGCCAAAGACGUGUUUCAGAAGGAUGAGAGGGGACUAUUUGGAAAGCUGUGAGUACAGAGAAGAGUUUGAUUCCAGACCCAGAUAUAGGAUGUUUGAUCAAAGACUCCCAUCUGGAACCAACCAUAACUACCCAAGAUCAUGCAGUAGUUCCCAGACAGAAGAUCAUUUACCCCAGUGGUUACCAGCUCAUGGAAAUCUGGGUUUAGACUCUCUGAGCUACUGUCAGUUCACCAGGGAUGGCUUCUCAGAAAAACCAGUCCCCUUGAACCUUAGUCAUCAAGAAUACAAUUGUGGUUCGUAUAGCGUGGAGUCUGUAGUUCACAAGCACCUCUACUCAGGACACAGUACCAUUGACCCUCAAGCCAGUCAUAGACAAAUGCACCAGAAGAGGAAAAGACAUCUGGAAGAGAGCAGAGAAAAGGAGGAAGAAUGGUCCAGACAUGAGAGGAAAAGGAGUUCAGAGGAAAUGGAUUUAAACAAACAGAGGAGCGUACAAAGAAAAAAAACAAAGACAGAAACAGAAGCUGUGCAGGACAGUACAGAAAAACUUAAGAAUCGAAAAGAAAGAAAAAGCCGAGAUGUAUCCUCUAAGAAAGAGGACCGUAAGCGUAAAAAGGAGAAAAAGGAACAAGGUGAAGAAAGGACAGAGGAGGAGAUGCUCUGGGACCAGUCUAUCCUUGGAUUUUGAAGCUCCUUAGUCACUUCUCCUGAGGCUCAACUGAAAGAACAUCUGAAGAGCUUGGUUAUAUACAUUCUUGUUCAUGUCACUUUCAUGUGUGGACAGAAGUCUCAGCUUCUAAUGGAGUGAACAUGAAGAAUUUACUAUGCUUGUUUUCCAACAUGGAGAUUACUUUUCUAUUUCUAAAAGCUCUAUUAAUUUUUCUUACAUAUGAUAGAAUUUCCCAGAGUGACUCUGCUUUAUUCACCAAAUUGCUGUGGUAGUGGAAUUAUUUUCCCUUGGGAGAUCAUUUAUUUAAAAUUGAAGGAUUAACAGACUGUGGAAUCUGUUUCUUGGUUGGGUUUUAGUUUUGAGUCACAUAUUUUUAUGCUCACUGACUUUCUCUAUGAAGCAAUUUAGAUAUUCUUUUUUAGAUCUAACUUGCAGUGUAUUUCCUGGGUUGGAAAGUGAAAUACAUUAUAAUAAUCUUAUCUUACAUAUAGUUUUAAAAGUUUGAGAGUCUUCAUACAAAAUUAGUUUAUAUUCUGAAAAUGUUUAUAAUAAAGUAUUUUAACUUCUGAA